CGCUGGCGUGUGAAAGUCUCCUCACUUAAUGUCGUGUUCUGUGAUGUUGUGGUGGGUAUGUGGAAAAUGGCAGGCACAGGAGGCAUAACACAGCAACAACUAAAUAACAGCACUGGAGAGACACGAGAUGAUACAGAUUCAAAGAAAAAUGAUCAUUUGCAGUCAAAGGUUGAAGGCAAGGCACUCUCCAAGGAGGAGAAGCUGAAGCUUAGGAAGGAGAAGAAGCAGCAGAAGAAAAACAAGAAAGAUGAUAAAGGACCAGCGAAAGAGGAAAAGGCAAAGAAAACUGCCCCUCUCAUGGAUGGACAGCAGGCACAGCAACAGAAAGCCCCUCCCACAUUCCCAGUGGUGACCCCUGAGGUACCACCUAGUGGAGAGAAAAGUGGGAAGAGUAAAGUGGAACUGCGAGUGGACCGAACGUCCAAACAGGGCAAGAAAGGAGACCGCAGCCAACUGGCUUCCACAGCCAAGACAAAGGCCCCUCCCAGUGAACCUCAACCAGUUGUCAAAAGACUUCCAGAACACAUUCAGGCAGAUGAUCCGGCUGUAUUGAAAAAGGUGGCCAAAAAGCUGGAACGCCAACAGAUUCCUUUGAGGUCAGAUUAUGGAAACAAAGUCAGUCUGUUCUCACAUUUGCACCAGUAUAGUCGGAGAGCCCCUCUCACCCAGCAGAUGAGCAUUCCCUCCGCAGUUAUCCACCCAUCCAUUGUGCGUCUGGGUCUGCAGUACUCUCAGGGAGUCUUUGCAGGAUCCAACUCUCGUUGCAUAGCAUUGUUGCAUGCUUUCAAACAGGUUAUACGUGACUACGCUACCCCUCGAAAUGAGGAGUUAUCAAGGGACCUUGUCAACAAACUUAAGCCUUACAUCAGUUUUCUAAAUCAGUGUCGCCCUCUCUCUGCAAGCAUGGGAAAUGCCAUCAAGUACAUAAAAAAAGAAAUCUCCAAUGUCUCCAGCAAUAUUAAAGAGGAGGAGGCUAAGACGAUGCUACAGAACUGUAUCGACAAGUACGUUGAAGAAAAGAUUCACUUGGCUGCAAAAGCCAUCUCCAAAUCUGCCUUUGAGAAGAUCAGUGAUGGAGAUGUCAUUCUAGUCUAUGGGUGCUCUUCUCUGGUGAACUAUAUCCUAUGCGAUGCCUAUGAGAGGGGGCGGAAGUUCCGGGUGAUAGUGGUGGACAGCCGGCCGAGGCUGGAGGGCCGGGAGACCCUGCGCAGACUGGUGAGGAAGGGAAUCUCAUGCACCUAUGUGCUGAUCACUGCAGUCUCCUACAUGCUGCCAGAGGUCUCGAAGGUGUUCCUUGGUGCCCAUGCACUCUUGGCCAAUGGUUAUGUGAUGUCACGGGUGGGAGCGUCCCAGAUUGCACUGGUUGCCAAAGCAUACAAUGUACCCGUGUUGGUCUGCUGUGAGACGUACAAGUUCUGUGAGCGAGUCCAGACUGAUUCCUUUGUGUCUAAUGAACUAGAUGACCCUGAUGACCUCAUUGUGACCCAGAAGGGUAAAACUGAGCUGCAGAACUGGCAGGAUGUUGCUUCCCUUCGACUUCUGAACCUGGUCUAUGACGUCACUCCUCCAGAUUUUGUGGAUUUAGUUAUCACAGACUUGGGAAUGAUUCCCUGUACCUCCGUUCCUGUGGUGCUGCGUGUGAAGAAUGUGGAUCAAUAAUGGAGUUAAUAUAAUAGAUGCUCUCAGCUAUAUUUUGGUGUAUAAAACUUUUCUUUGGCAUGGAAUAAAGUUAUUAUUUAA